CGUGGUAUUACAAAAUUGAGUCAAGAGAUGCGUUUGAGAAGCUUAAUCAAAAUGGAACUGAUACUAUGGACCCAAGCUUUUUUGUUAUUAAAGAGAUCAGACAUGGAGAAAAUGUGAUAAAUACAGAGAUAAAACAUUUCAGCCAUCAACACAAUUUGAUACUGCAUGAUGAAGUAAAGGAUCAUAAGUGUUGUGACGGUUGCGGUCAACUGAUAGAGACUUCUUUCUAUGGUUGCUUACAAUGUGAAUUCUUUCUCCACGAGUCAUGUGCUGAGUUACCUAGGAAGAAGCAAAUUUGGUUUCAUGCACACCAACAUCCCCUUAACCUUAUUUCAGAUUGCCUCUUCAUAUGUGAUCUUUGUCGAUUCGGGUGCAGUGGUUUCUCCUACAAAUGCGGAAUUUGCGAUCGUCGUUUCUGCGUUCGAUGUGCUGAACUUUCUCUGGCCUGCACAAGUCAAGGACACAAUCACCCUCUUCUCUGGUACUACGAGUAUGAUGGGAAGUACUGUAUUGCUUGUGGUGUCAGUACUGAUGAUAACUCAAUAUACAGAUGCAAGGGUUGCGAUUUUAAUGUGCAUUUUCGAUGUACUUUCCUUCCACAAACAGCUCGUCACAAAUGUGAUGAACAUUUUCUCACUCUCACAUACCAUGAAGAUAAUGAUUAUCCAGAAUAUCAUUACUGUGAUAUUUGUGAAGAAGAAAGAUGCCCCAGCUAUUGGUUUUAUUAUUGUGCAAUUUGUGACAAAUCAGCUCAUCCCAAAUGUGUACUUGGAGAUCACCCAUUUGUCAAGCGUGGGACCAGCAUCUUCAUAGAAAGUGGGCAUCCACACUCUCUCGUGCUCGUGCCAAAGGUUUAUCCUUAUCCUGAAUGCUGUAAAUGUGGUGAGCCCUGCUUAGAUCUGGCUCUUGAGUGUGCAGAGACAAGAUGCAACUAUAUUGUCCAUUGGACAUGUGGAUAUCCCUUCCUUCGAGAGGCAGUCCAAAUAUGGUUCUAG